AUGACAAUAUUGCAAUACAUGUGCUAUCUGGGUUGGAUGAAAGUUGCUGCUUCAUUGAUGAAUCCAUAUGGAGAUGAUGAGGACGAUUUUGAAUGCAACUACCUCAUUGAUAAGAACACUGCAACAGCCAUGUUCAUCGUUGACUCGGCGCACAAUGAUAUUCCGGAUCUAGAAAAAGAUAUGUUCUGGUCGAAAAGUGAAGUGGAAUUGUUCUAUCCGAUAGGUUCGAAAGAUAGCGUACGUAAUCCACACAUCGGAACAGCUGUACAGGCAAGGUGA